AUGAAGCUCCUCAUCUUCCAAAUAUUGUUUGCCCUUUUUGCCCACACGAUCCUGUCGGCACCCACAACCUGGCCAGGGCAAAGCCUAUCGGGUACCAAAAGGAGCCCAGGACUCACCAUACAAGACCCGUCGCUAUUGUCGCCUGAACCGUCGAGGGAGGCAGUCGACCAGAUCAAGCCCGUAGACACACAGGAUAUCCACUCGGAUAGGGGGCAAUUCUUCACCAAGUGGAUCGGCAGGAUUGCAUCCGCAAAGAACGCUGCGUUGGUGGAGGCGUCGUGUUUUUGCGGCGGCGGGACCAUAUGCUGCCUUGAUCAGAAAAGCCCUGUGGGCGGGCUGAGCUGCGGCCUGGGCGUGUGCAGUAUAUGA